GCAUGCGUGCCCCGCCCGCGGACGUCACAGUCACGUGCUGACGCGCUGACGCAGGGGCGCUGCUGGCUCGCUGGUGGAUUCCUGCUGCCUGGUAACACGGCCGUUCGGAGCAGAGGUGGCAGUGAACUUACCGGCUGUUUGGAACCGCUCCUGGUGUUCCGCUAACAUUGGGCGAUGGGCUCCGUAUUAGGGGUGUGCUCGCUCGCCAGCUUGGUGCCAUGUCUGUGUAGCAGUGCACCUUGUUUGCUGUGUACCUGCUGCCCCAACAGUAAGAAUUCCACAGUGACCAGAUUAAUCUAUGCAUUCAUUCUACUUGUGGGCACGCUUGUGGCUUGUAUUAUGCUGGCACCUGGAAUGGAAACUCAGUUGAAAAAGAUUCCGGGAUUCUGUGAAGAUGGCUUUGGUACCCAAAUUCCAACUGUUCAUGGGGCCGUGAACUGUGAUGUAUUAGUUAGCUACAAGUCUGUUUACCGUAUAUGCUUUGGAUUGGCUGUCUUCUUCUUUCUUUUCUCUCUGCUUUUGAUCAAUGUGAAAUCCAGCAGGGAUCCCAGAGCUGCAGUGCAUAAUGGAUUUUGGUUCUUCAAGAUAGCUGCCAUCAUAGCUAUUACUGUAGGAGCUUUUUACAUUCCUGAAGGACCUUUUACAAGAGCCUUGUUUGCCAUUGGUACAGCCGGUGCAUUCUGCUUCAUACUAAUCCAGUUGGUUUUGUUGGUUGAUUUUGCUCAUUCGUGGAAUGAGUCAUGGGUAGGAAAGAUGGAGGAUGGGAAUUCGAAAUGUUGGUAUGCAGCCUUGAUCUCUAUCACUGGCCUGAAUUACAUCUUGUCUUUCACAGCAGUUGUGCUUUUCUAUGUGUUUUACACAAAAUCCGAAGGAUGUGUUGAGAACAAGUUCUUCAUUAGUUUCAAUAUGAUCCUUUGCAUUGUUGUAUCUAUUACUUCUAUUCUUCCAAAAGUACAGGAAGCACAACCUCGGUCUGGUCUUCUUCAGUCUUCAAUCAUCACACUGUACACUAUGUAUCUCACGUGGUCUGCGAUGUCUAAUGAACCCGACCGACAGUGCAAUCCUAGCCUUUUGAGCCUUAUUAAACAGUUGGCCGCCCCUACAUUGAGUCCAGCCAAUAAAAGUGAACCUUCAGUAAAUGUAACACCUUCACCUCCAAUUUCAGUGCAAUGGUGGGAUGCACAGAGUAUUAUUGGACUUGUCCUCUUCAUUCUGUGUCUACUAUAUUCAAGCAUUCGUUCCUCGAACAACAGCCAGGUGAACAAGCUAACACUAUCGGGCAGUGAAACUGUCAUGUUGGAUGACUCUUUGGCUGGAGAUGCUGUUGGUGUUGAAGAGGGAGAUGGAAUACGAAGAGUCCAUGACAAUGAACAAGAUGCAGUCCAGUACAGCUAUUCAUUCUUCCAUUUCAUGCUUUUUCUGGCUUCACUUUACAUUAUGAUGACACUUACAAACUGGUACAGCCCUGAUGCUGAUUAUAAGACAAUGACAAGCAAAUGGCCAUCUGUGUGGGUGAAGAUCACUUCAAGUUGGGUCUGCCUUCUCUUGUAUGUCUGGACAUUGGUGGCCCCUCUCAUUCUUACUAACCGUGACUUUGACUAGAGUGCUUCAUGCUUGUUUGACUGGUUGCUGAAUUAAACAAAGUCCAUCUAACAUGAAACUAAUUGGUAUAGCUAUUGAUUUUUUUUUAAAUUUAAUAAAACAUUGCCUACCGCAGAACAUUUAUUGGGCCUAUUGCACUGAAAUACAACAAAAAAACAUGUUUUUAGCCUUAAUGUUGUUAUCUCCAGAUGAAUAAUAUGCACUUUGCAUCCACUUGAAAGCUAUAAGAAUGAGGUGGUGUCAGGGAGUAUCAGUUUUGGAACUCUUAAAUUAGUUGUCUAUUGUAGAUUAUAAGGCAGUUCUGUUUAGAAGCUCUUUACAGUUUCCGCAAAGCAUUUAAUACUGCUUUACAGAGAUUUGCUGUUAGGUUCUACGGGUUUAUGCUACAUUUGGGUUUUUUAAAAUUUAAGAUUGUAAUAAUGUAUUAAAAUGUGCACUUUUUCGUGCAUUGCAUAAAUCACAUGGAUGUUGAAGUUAAAAAAACAUGCCAUUCCUCUGCUCUUGCAAGAGCAAAACAUAAAAUCGAAUCGUGAUUUCCACACAAUAUUUAAUGUGUUUUGUAUAGUGUGUAGAGAAUAUAAUGGUUUAAAAUAGUGAGCAAAAUUUUUCAUGCAUGUUAGAAAUGAAGUCUGGUCCAUAAAAAUCUUGUCUGUAAAGAGUUUAUAUUGAAAAGAUAAAUGUUAAGUUAUCCUAAUCAAAUCUGUAUUAAGCAUUUAGCAUUAUUAAAGUACUAAAAAAUGUGA